AUGGCAACCACUGUACGAAAUGGGAGCAUGCUUCUUUUUGGUGGAAAAGGAAGCGGACCUCCUUACCAGAACGAUUUAUUCGAGUUGACUCAACACGAAAAGACAUAUGCUUGGCGGAGAAUACCUCAUGCAAAUCAACAACAAGCACCACCGGGAGUGAUGUUUUCCCGUUCAAUCUAUGAUGAGCGCACUGACGCGUUGCUCGUAUUCGGAGGAAAAGUGAUGGCUGCAACGCCUGGUACAAGUCCUUUGCAAGUGUAUCGAUAUGAAUUUGGCACACGUCAAUGGGAGACCCUGAUGAACAGCACCAUCAAUCUUAGAGGCCAGCCAUGGCCUGAUAAUCGUUUUCACUUCGAUAUGGCCUAUGAUCCUUCUCAGCAUACAGCCUAUCUCGCUGGCGGCCAGAUAAAUGGCUCCUACGUUGCCUCCGAUAUGUGGAGUAUUGCUAUUGAUGGACGUAACCUCACAUUCAAGAGAUUACAAGAUAUGCCAGCUCCUCGUCAUGGUCACACCAUGUCUUUCAUUAGUCCCAAUAAUUCGAGUGUUGAGUCCUCCCAAGCCAUUGUUUUUAUAGGUGGCAUCAUACAAAACAAUGGCCAAGGGCCACAGCUGGCCAACAUGAAUACGCUAGAUUUAUACGAUCCGGCACAAGACAAAUGGAUCACGGCAACCAUAUCAUCGGGUAACAGCCCAGGUCGAACAAAUCAUGUAGCCGCAGUGGAUGAAUCCCAAAAGAUUUAUAUCUUUGGAGGUGAUAAUGGUGCUGUUGCUGAAUACGACAUGAUGUUUUUUGAUGACUUGCGAAUACUUGAUCCAACAACCUGGCAAUGGGAUGCUCCUAAUCCACAAGGUGUACCUCCUGGUAGACGUUCCUAUGCAUCAGCAGCCAUAUUGGAUGGCCAAUACAUGACGAUUGCUUUUGGAUCUACGCUGAACGUUUGGUACAAUGAUAUCAAUGCUUUUUCCAUUGAAGACCAAAAUUGGCAUCAGAGCUUUGGCCGUGACGAUACAUUUUCUGAUAAUAAUACCAGAUUGCCACCUGCUAGUAUUGCUGGUAUUGUUGUUGGAGCCGUAGUGGGAGUUACGUUGCUGUUGGCGCUAUUCUUCUUGCGACGAAUAUUGUGGGACAUGGUACAACAAAUCGUAUGGAAGCAGAGACAAGGAGAACCCCGAUGGACUGAAAUCUCUCGCAUUGCAUCUCUAACGUUCCUGGCAAUAUUGUUUUGUGUGCUACUUGGUUUUAUGCUACGACAAGUCUUUACAAGCCCCACAGUCAUGCAACGAUACUUGGAUCCAAGUAAUUUUGUGGAUGUUCCUGACAUUCGAUUUUGCUUUGACGGGUUUCCAAAUUCAGGCGUAGGAGCACCUGGUGAUCCACGGCUUGCAUGCCAAACUGAUAUGGGCUAUGAUUGCAAUUCAGAUGUCAUCAGCUUGGAUCUCUCUUAUUUUCAACCGACAAGCACCACCGGCUUCAGCACAUGCUUUUUAUAUCGACCUUCUCUUGAUUUUAAGCUAUCUCCAAGAACAGUGGGCAACAAAGGCUCUCGCUUGGUGUUUACGAUUUUUGCCAAUGGGUCUUUUGCUUCAUCAGGGCGAAUACACAUCUCAGCUUACCCGCGUCUUCGUGACCCCAAUGUGCGUUUAUAUAAUUUGACAGGUGUUACAGCAAUGUCCAAAGCGGAGAUAGCAGAUUGGAUCACCAACGAGCAAUACAACAUCCAAACAGCCAACACCUAUACCAUGCAACUGCUAAGCUAUAAUGGGAUGGGAUUCAAUGUCGUGAACCGCCAAAGCUUGGUGCCUGAUGCAUGGAGCUAUUUUGGUGUGCUACCCCAUAUCAAUCACCAACGCAUCGUUGAAACGAAUUUCCAGCAAAAUCCACCUGAUACUGGAUAUACCUCUUCUCAUGCAGACAUUGGUUACUUGAACGUGAUACCUAUGGAUUAUGCACGUGUGCGUGAUCGUGAAGUACGUGUUUACACGUUGUUGAAUGCUCUCGGCUUUGUUGGUGGUGUUGCCAGCUUGUUUUUUACAUUUCACAGUUGGCUUUGGGGUACAAGGCCAAACUCACCAUGGGGUGUUGUUCAACGUUAUGCUUCGGGUCAUGCACAACGUUCCUUACGCAAUAAUUUACGAGCUCGUUUCUUUGAUCUUGCCCCAUCAUCUGAUAGCAGCGAGCAAGCGGCUAAACCAACAAUGUAUCACAACAUCCCCUUUGUCAAUGAGGAUGCCACCUUUUCUUACAGCAGCUCUUAUGACAGCGAUAUCAAAGAAGCCAAUGAAGGUCGUAUGCAAUUCAUGGAAGAUCGGUUACGGUUACUUGAACGCGUCGUCAAAAGUUAUUAUUUCGACGCGGAGGUCUUCCAACAACUGAACAUUGCUGUCAACCCGACUACUGCACCCAAAAGCACCAUCAGAGCUGUUACUUCGUCGUCAUCGAGAUUUUUUAGAAUUCCCGGUAUCAAUCGACGACAAAGAAAACAAGAUGAAGAGCAACAGCGAAACGAGCAACAUGUAUUGACAGCUGUGCCAUCAUCCUCAUCCUCAUCCUCUGACGAGGAGUAUGGUAGCAAUAAGAAUCAUCAUACGCAUGUAGAAUAA